CGUCAACAUUGCGCAAAAAAAAAAAAAAAAGGUAAUGUAUGUAGACCAUACAAAUUCCAUAUGCCUAUACCUACCUGCCGUGACUGAUGGGGUUUCCCGGAAAUCAUCAUACGUCAAAGGCAGAGAGGAUAAACCUAGACUUGCCAUUACAAACACUGGUGGCAUCCGAUUCGAUAUCUUCAAGGGGCCUUUUACUCGUGGCAGUAUUUAUACCAUUAAUCGCUUUCUGAGUGGGUUCCGAUAAUCGAAGAUGCACUGUAUAUGGCCGCUGCCAAGGUCAUUGAUAUUCUGAACAGUGGUGGCAUCAUUUUUGAGGAGCAUGAUCUUGACAUCUGUUUCUUGAAUCUUCCUCAGCAACUGUUCCCUAAACCAGCCGUUGCUGUUGAGGACACCGAAGAGACC